GAAACACAUGACUGAUGAACUGUAAGGUCUUUGGGGGAAGAACACAAUGAUCCCUUACAAACAUCAAAUAGGAAAAUCUUUGUAUUCUAUCUUUUUAUCCUAUCACUUAUUAUAAAUGGCACCUGAUGUGCAAAAUUUUGCUGGACCUGAGAAUAUUAUAUAACCAAAGUGGGGGGGUGGAACAGAUGUAGAGGAGCUUCACAACCAAAUGAAACGAUCCAGAUCCACGGUCCAUGGACCAGGAGGCAGCGGCCUAGGAGCCCAGUCCUCUCGGGCUCCUCGGACCAGUCAGCGAAGGGCGUCUGAAAAGUCAGACGUGGUAAACAGACACAUGCCCACUAAACGGACCAGCCAGUGUUCUGGAUGAGGCUCUUUGCCUCAGCAGCUGACUGCAACCACUUAUGCAUGAGACCGAGCACAUGAUUCAAAUAGUUUGGACAUGAUACACUGUAAUAGCAGCAGACACACGGACUCAGAUACAAGCGUUUCAGUCUUUGGAUGCAGAUGGGAGACGGCUUUUACAACGCUAACAUGUUAAAUAUAGCAGAGGAAGAGCUGAAAUAUCCAACAUAAAGCCUUUAAUCGAACUCAUAAAAGCUGUACGGCUUUACUAGCACUAUUCAACUGAGGGAACCCGCCCCUCCUGUGACAACGCAGCGGCACCAGAGCCGGUGGGAACGACUUGUGCGGCUGGAAUCUGUGUGCUGCGCUGUUUUUCUGCCUGACGAGGAUAUUUGUGCAUUUCCGGCUUCCUGGAGGAAACUGUGGGCUCAGUGUGUACUCUGAGCGGCAGCGGCGGCCGAGCCAGAACGCAUGUGAGUAAGACCGAGAGUAUGCAACGUGUUGAGCAGCUGAACCCAGUUCAGAACCUUCUGGGCCGUAAAGGAGGACGACUGGCACCAAACCGUGGACCAAUGCAGGAAAUCAUGCUUCUCUUCAAGACCGUUUCCUUUUUUUACCUACCUUUUAGUCCUUUUUACACUGGAUUCUUGCCCCGAAGGAUGUAACGCUGGCUGAUCUCUGACCUUUUCGGAUCUUUUUAGAUUUUGAACGCAGCUUCUCUAAUCUCUUCUGUAUAGAAGUGUUACUGCUGCUGUUUGCCCGUCUCUCCUUGAGGUAUUUCCUGCUUUUAUGCAUUGUUGUGGUCCCGACCCCGCGUCCGGAUGAGUGUGCUCCGCUGGCACCGGCUCUCUGCGCUCUGGAAGAGCUGGAUGUUCAGCCAGGAGCCAGCAGAGGAGCAGGGUCCGAUCCCAGAACCUCCAGAGCACGAGGCAGAACCCGCGAAGCCGGACGGGGACACAAAGGACGACGGCGCCGCCGAUCAAAAUGAAACACGUCUCAAGAACCGAGAUGCGGAUUAUAAAGACCAGAAACCAGACAAUGCAGCACAGAACCCAGGAUUUAUUGAUCUGAACUUGGUUCCGAAGACCCAAAAGUCUGACCUGCUCAGACGCAGCUGCUCUGAGCCUUGUCCUCAGGUCUCAGAGGAACAGUCCAGCUGUUCCCUCACACCUGAGGGUUCUGGGUGCGAAUCCCGUAAAAGCCUGUGUUCUGAGCCGGGUGUUGACUGUACAUUGCAGGUGGAGAACGGCAGCGAGGGAGACGACAGCUUCCUGCAGAGAGAGGGAACCCAGCGCAGGUCCAGACGGCGCUUCAGGAGGGUCAACCCCAGAGGAGAGCGGGAACUCAUCACAGAUGGGCAGGAGUCCAACAGCUACAACACGCUUCCCGCUGACCUCAAUAAGAUGCACCUCACAGACCACGCCCACCAGCAGGUGAUGCACAUGCCUCCCAGCCAAUCAGGAUGCAGCAUCGCCAGCGACUCGGGCAGUAGCAGCCUGUCGGAUAUUUACCAGGCCACAGAGAGUGAUUUGGGAGACGUGGACCUGUCUGGACUCCCAGAGGCUGCGGUGGACAGUGAGGAAGAAGAGGAGGAAGAUGAAGACCUCGAGAGAGCUUCAGAUACUCUUCUGGGCCGAGAUCUGGUUCGAGAGUGUCUGGAAAAAGACCCAGCUGAUCGCAACGAUGACGACAUUGAACAACUGCUGGAGUUCAUGCACCAGCUGCCUGCUUUCGCCAACAUGACCAUGUCUGUGCGGCGGGACCUGUGCAGCGUCAUGGUGUUCGAGGUGGUGGAGCAGGCGGGCACCGUCAUACUGCACGACAAGCAAGAGCUGGACCUGUGGUACGUUAUCCUGAACGGGGCCGUGGAGAUCAGCCACCCGGAAACAAGAAUGGAGAGUCUCUGCAUGGGCAACAGCUUCGGCAUCUCGCCAUCACUGGACAAACAGUAUAUGAACGGAGAGGUCCGGACCAAGGGGGACGACUGCCAGUUCGUGUGCAUCGCCCAGGAGGACUACUGCCGCAUCCUCAACCAUGUGGAGAAGAACACGCACAAGGUGGAGGAGGAGGGGGAGAUCGUGAUGGUGAAGGAGCACCGCGAGCUGGACCGCAGCGGGACCAGGAAGGGACACAUCGUCAUCAAGGGAACCCCGGAGCGACUCAUCAUGCACCUGGUGGAGGAGCCGUCGGUGGUGGACCCCACCUACAUCGAAGACUUCCUGCUGACCUACAGGACCUUCCUGUCGAGCCCAAUGGAGGUUGGCAAGAAGCUGUUGGAGUGGUUCCAGGUUGACAGCCUUCGGGACACGGUUACGAGAAUAGUGCUGCUAUGGGUCAACAACCACUUCAAUGACUUUGAGGGUGACCAAGCUAUGACGCGCUUCCUGGAGGACUUUGAGAAGCAUCUAGAAGCCACAAAAAUGAAGGGCCACUUGCGGCUGCUGAACAUAGCGUGUGCAGCCAAGGCUAAGUGGAGACAGAUCACGCUGCAGAAGGCGUCCAGGGAGUCUCCGCUCCACUUCAGCGUGCAGGGCGGCAGCGAGAGAGGCUUCGGCAUCUUCGUGGAGGCGGUGGAGGAAAGGAGCAAGGCUGCAGAAGCUGGGCUCAAACGUGGAGACCAGAUCAUGGAGAUCAAUGGGCAGAACUUUGAGAACAUCUCCUUGUCCAAAGCUGUUGACAUCCUGAGGAACAACACGCACCUCUCUCUCACUGUCAAAACCAACAUAUUUGUCUUCAAAGAGCUGCUGAGCAGAAUCAUACACGAGAAGAAGAAUGGCGGUCCUCACAUUCCCAAGAUCCAGGAGAAAAAAGGAAACCGCUUCUCCAUCCCUGACCUUCCGGGAGACAUGGAGUUCCCUACGGACACUAAGAGCACCAGGAAAAUGAAGGCUAACACUGUGUCAGGAGGACGAAACAAGAUCAGGAAGAUGCUGGAGAAGACGCGCUUCAGUAUCCUGCCGCCCAAACCCUUCAGGGGCCUGUUUGGUGAUGGCGGCAUGGCUCACUCUCAGGACGACAGCAUUGUUGGUACCAAGCAGUGUCGCCACAGUGUGGCCAUCAUGCCCAUCCCUGGCAACCUGUCGUCCAGCAGCCCCGACCUGCUGCAGCCGGCCACCAGCCUCAUCGACUUCUCCAACCCUGCAGCCCUGGGACUCUACUACAUCCCAGAUCAGGUGAUCCGUGUGUUUAAGGCUGACCAGCAGAGCUGCUACAUCAUCAUCAGUAAGGACACCACUGCCAAGGAUGUGGUUGCCCACACUGUCAACGAGUUCGGCCUCCUGGCGGCACCGGACACCUACUCUCUGUGUGAGGUAUCGGUCAGUCCAGAGGGAGUCAUAAAGCAGCGCCGCCUGCCCGACCAGCUCUCCAAACUGGCCGAUCGGAUUCAGCUCAACGGCAGGUACUACCUGAAGAACAACAUGGAGACAGAGACCCUGUGUUCGGAUGAGGACGCCCAGGACCUUCUCAGAGAGAGUCAGAUCUCUCUGCUGCAGCUCAGCACCAUGGAAGUCGCCGCCCAGCUUUCAAUGAGAGACUUUGAGCUUUUCAGGAACAUCGAGUCCACAGACUACGUGGACGACUUGUUCAAACUGGACUCCUCAUCGGAGAGCGGCCAUCUGAAGCAGUUCGAGGAGGUGAUAAACCAGGAGACCUUCUGGGUCGCCACGGAGAUCCUGAAGGAGCCCAACGCCCUGAAGAGGAUGAAGACCAUCAAACACUUCAUCAAGAUCGCGCUGCACUGCCGCGAGUGCAAGAACUUCAACUCCAUGUUUGCCAUUAUCAGCGGCCUGAACUUGGCACCGGUGGCUCGACUGCGGAGCUCCUGGGAGAAACUGCCCAGUAAAUACGAGAAGCUGUUUGGGGACUUGCAGGACCUCUUUGACCCCUCCAGGAACAUGGCCAAGUACCGGAACGUCCUGAGCAGCCAGAGCAUGCAGCCGCCCAUCAUCCCACUCUUCCCAGUGGUCAAGAAGGACCUGACGUUCUUGCAUGAAGGCAACGACUCCAGCGUCGACGGCCUCGUGAACUUUGAGAAGCUGCGGAUGAUCGCCAAGGAGAUCAGACACGUGGUGCGAAUGACCUCGGCCAACAUGGACCCUGCCCUCAUGUUCAGACAGAGGAAGAAGAGGUGGAAGAGUUUAGGGUCUUUGAGCCAGGGCAGCACCAACUCCAACAUGCUGGACGUGCAGGGCGGCGCCCACAAGAAGCGCGUGCGCCGCAGCUCGCUGCUCAACGCCAAGAAGCUGUACGAGGACGCUCAGAUGGCCCGAAAGGUGAAGCAGUACCUGUCCAACCUGGCGGUGGAGGCGGACGAGGAGAAGCACCAGAUCAUGUCCCUGCAGUGUGAGCCGGCCUACAGCACCUUGUCCAAGAACCUGAGUGAACGACGGUCCACUAAGUCAGACAUGUCGCCGGUGUCUCUGCGGUCGGCUCUACCUUCAGGAAAAAUGCAAAACAGGGUGUCGCAAGUCCUCCAGGUCCAGGUCCAGAACCCGCUGAGAAAGAAGAGCACCGCCAAGGACUUAGACAUGUCUAACUCCCCACAGGUGGUGAAGAAACCUCCAGUGAACUCAUCAGAGGAGUGGAGCGCAAAGAGACCCUCUGAUGACACCGUCUCCACCAUCUCCUCCCUUCACUCCAGUCCCACGGUGUCACCUCAGGGCUCUCCGCGCAAAGUGGGAGGUGUGGCCAAGUCCCAGAACUCCAGUCAGAUGAACCUGUCAGGAUCAUCAUCCUCACUAACCAGUGAUGCCAGCACAAAGGCCGGCACCAUGGGCCUGCGCAGCUACGGCAUAGGCUACGCCCUCCUGCCGCCCGGGAAAGCCGACAACCUGUCCGACUCCAGCCACAGCGAGAUCUCCUCCCGCUCCAGUAUUUGUUCCGUCGACUCGGUGCCGCCUCCCGGACCUGACGAACGGAGCGGCUGCGGCAGGACCGGUCCUGCUCCCGUCGCUACGACGACCACCGCGUCGGCUGCUGCAGCCGCUGAGAGCGCGGCAGCGACGCAUGCGCAGCUGAGCACUGAGUACGGCCAACCAAGCACAAGCUCCUCGCUGGUGAGAGGCCACGCCGCGCGCGCCUUCGCCUGCUCCGUCUCCACGGAGGAGCUGACCCCGGACCACUGCCAGGACUCGGUGGGCGACAGCGGCCGAGGCAGCUGGACGUCCUGCUCCUCCAACUCCCACGACUCCUUCCAGGGCCUCCACGCCUCGUCCUGCCGGCCCUGGGACCACGGCAUCCACGGGCCGCCGCUGCCGCUGCCGCACGCACACGCACGCACGCGCACCUGGCCGGCUUCAAGCACACGCUGCUCGCCGGCGCCAUCGCCGAGGUGGAGGCGGGCGCCCCCGGCUGGGCGGGCGACGGCGUCUCCAGGCGGCGCUCCAGAGACUCCGGCUCGGAGCUGUCCAGCCUGUCGCGGCAGAGCUGGGCGUCGUCCAGCUCGCUGUCCGACACGUACGAGGGCAAUUACGGGACGAUAAAACGGCGAAACGCGGCGGAGCCGCCCUCCUCCCCAUCCAACGAGGAAGGAGGGCAGAGCACAGACCCCGUCUACAAGACGGUGACAUCAAGCACAGAGAAGGGCCUGAUAGGCUACCAGGGUCUGGCUCUGGGGGACCUCUGCCUCACAGACGGGGUGGGAGGAGGGCCAGCGGGUGUCCUCCCCAGACCUCCUCACCUCAGACCUCCUGACUACAGCGUGGCCCUGCAGAGGAGCAAGCUCCUGCAGAG